AUGCCGCGCUUCAACCCCCUAAGCAUCUCCUGUCUGGCUACUCUGCUGACCACCUACCUUGGUACAGCAUCUGUAUCUGCACAGUCACCACCCCAGGAAACCCUCUGGCCGGUGCAGACGUUCCAGAGUACGGAUAUCCAGACGCCGUUUUUCAAUGUGACGAAGAAAGGCCAGACGGAACCGGGCUAUAUCUUCAUAAGCCCGAGAGAUAAGGCCCGAAACAUUGGACAUCCAGCUAUCCUCGAGGACAAUGGCCAGGUUGUCUGGAAGGGACCGGAAGACGCGAGCACAUAUGGCUUCAAGCCUCAGCUUCUUGACGGGAAGCCAGUGCUGGUUAGCUGGUUCGGGUUCGUGAACGAGACUGGAUUCGGACUGGGAUCUAUGAGCAUCUUCGACAGCUCGUAUGAGAAGAUCCACGAGGUGAUUCUGCCCGGUGGUGAUAACGAAUACUACAAGACGAUUUAUGAGCCCAUGACGUUCCCAUCAUACAUGGACAACCACGAAGGCCAGAUCACGGACCAAGGAACCAUCGUUGUGACUGUUGUCAAUGUCACUGAGGCAGAUCUCCGUGCUGUUGGCGGGCCUGAGAAGGGCUGGGUUGUCGACGGAGGCUUUUUGGAAAUGGACAUCAAGACCAACGAAGUCCUCUUCCGCUGGAAUGCCGCUGAGCACAUUGAUGAGAUCCCUGUCACUUUCUCCCUUAAGCCAAUUGAGGGAACUGGAACUUCGCCCAAAAACCCAUGGAACUACGUCCAUGUCAACUCCGUCUUCAAAUCCGGAGACUCUUAUAUCGUCUCUUCUCGGUACUCCUGCAACAUCUUCCUCAUCUCCAAGGAAGGCGAGAUUGUCUGGCGCCUCAACGGCAUUGAUGGAGGUGACUUCGAGCUAGGCCCCGGCGCCAACUUCUGUUACCAGCAUGAAGUCAGGGUCGAAUCCCACACCGUGGACAAGAUCACGCUGACUACACACAACAACGACAACGCCGACUUCACGCCUGCCAAUGAAACCAAACCGACAACCGGUCUGGUCCUCGAUCUCGAUCUCAACGCCAAGAAAGUCACUUUGAACCGCAUGGUAUGGAACUCCGAGCGGCCUGUCGUCUCUCGGGGCCAGGGGAGCUACCAGGUGCUUGGCAACGACCACGUCCUGAUGGGCCAGGGCGCCAUCCCCAUCGUAGAGGAGUACGAUGCCAACGGCGCCGUCGUAAUGGACGCCCGUUUCGGCAACGACGGCGUCACCAACUGCUACCGCGCCUACCGCAGCGCCUGGGUUGGCACACCCAAGACGAAACCGAGCGUAAAGGCCUGCGGUGCCGAUCCGAACGGCGCGGUGGUGUUUUAUGUGAGCUGGAACGGCGCGACGGACGUAGAGUCGUGGAAGAUUUUCUCUGUCUCGGACUCUGGCGAGCACAGUGAGAUAGCUAAUGUGCCGAAAAAUGGCUUUGAGACGAGGAUGGAGCUGCAGAAGGCUGGCAGCAAGUUCAUCGUCCAGUCGGUUGGAGGACCUAACGACGGGGUGCAGUCUGAUGUUGUCAUGGGCGAAAACUGCUAG